AUGGGAGCCCCGCCGGGCCGGGCCCGCUCACCUGUGCCCGCCGCUCGGCCGGGGCCCGCCGGGGCUGUGGGUGGGAGCGCCUCCGCCGCUGCCGCUGCUGCCCGGGAGACCGGGGGCCGCGCGGGGGCUCUGGCGGGGAGCAGCGCCCUCACGUGUGGACUCCGAGAAGCUCGGUUUGCGCAGGCCCUCUCUGGUGUUUACAGGGGCCGUGGGCUCCGCGUCUGCGCGUGCGCCUUCCGCCAGGUGUCGCCCGGAAGCCCUCCGGCUUCUCGCAGCGGACUCAACGCGCCGUUGCCGCAAGUCCCCCUUGUGGUUGUGGCUGCUGUGCCACAGCGACUCCUAGGGAGCUCUGUCGGCUCAGUUUCUACUGAGACAUCUCCACAGCUCCGGAGCAGUGGAGAUCUGAGGCGCGGCAGGCGGAAGCACAGCACGGCUACUUUCAACCUCACCGGAGACUCCAGCAUCUCAGCAACCGCUCCACCAAACCUCGGCUUCCUCCCCUGUCACUCCUCGGAGACUGCACUCUCAGGGGUCACCAUCGUCUUGGACACUCUGAGUUCUCGUCUUAUGGCUGUUCAACAGAAUUUUCGGCAAUGCCGGAAGUGUAUAGCUGCACUAUCCGAUACGGGGUCCAGGAAUCCACCGAGCAGUACAUCAUUCAGAAGUUGUGCCCCACGUUGGGUGCCAAAACCGUAGAAGGGACACUUCCCAAAUCUAGGUUCAUCGCUCAGUAUGGCCAAUAGAAGUCACACUGAACUAGGAAUUCUGUGUUGCGAUCUCAGCCGUUCCACCCAUUCCAGGCUGGUGUACAUGUGUGUUGUCUCAGGUGUCCCCCAACAGUUGUUCCAGAUUAUUUACUAGUUGCUCUAGAGGACUAACUAAAUUCCACACCACUCUAUGCUGCCAUCUUGCCCCAACUAUAAAUGUUUUACCUAGUAAGUUUAUUUGUUCAGAACCUUAAGGCCUCCAGAUUGAUCCUAUGCCAGAUAAGCACUGAAACCCAGAGGUACCAGUCUCUCCAAGAACAUCAACCACUUUCAUUCCUCUACCCCAUAAGGUCAACACCCCCCCUCCAGCAAGAAGAAGUUAAAUGGCCAUUGCCCAGAUUGAGAGAAUGAUUAAAUGAGAGGGAGGAGGUAUAACUGAGAAAUUAGGAUUUAACAAAUGACUGUGACUACUGACUCACUAUAUAGAUAUUUCUUUUCAGUUUCUAGUGUAUUAGAAUAGCUAGAAGGAAAUACUGGAAAUUGUUGAUCUAUAAUCUAGUAGCCCUGAUCUUCGAUAAUGUUUGUAUGGCUAUAUAGCAAAAAAGAAAAAAAAAGUUGGUAGCCUUGUUUCCAUCUACCAUCUGAACAUUUCAUUCUGUUCCACUGAUCUAUAUAUCUCUCUCUGACAAUACUACACUGUCUUAGUUAAUCUACCUUUAUUGUAAGUCUUAAAAUUGGAUAGAGUGCAAUAAUAGGAGUCAAUAAAGGGGGUCUAAGGGAUAUGGGAUGUUUGGGGUUUUCUUUUUUCUUUUUAUUUAUUUUUCUGGACCAGUGCAAAUGUUCUAAAAUUGAUCAUGGUGAUGAAUGCACAAUUAUGAGAUGAUGCUGUGAACC